GGCGGGAACAAUCCCUAGCAGUGUUUGUUAGUUGUAGUUCGUGUCCACAGUCUACUACGUCAGUUCAGUGCUUCCUGCCAGUAAGGCGGGUUGUUGUUCGUUCUAAGUGGUUCCGGUCUGGUGAUAUUUUAGUUUGGUGCCGGAUUGUAAUCAUGCCUAGAGAUGUACUAAGCAAUACGAGCAAUGAUUAUGAAUUUGUUGGUAAUUUUCGACCGCCAGAGAGAAGUACAAGAGAGGCCAUAAAGUUACUCUUGUACAAUCGUGAAGCAGGCACAGUGUUAGGAAGAACGGGGACAAGUUGGGCUAAAAUUGGUUUAUUCUACCUGAUUUUUUUUGGAGUCCUGGCUUCUCUGUUUGCUGUCUGCCUCUGGGUAUUUUUCCAGACUUUGGAUCCCAGAAUUCCAACAUGUAAACUAAGUGGCUCCCUCAUAGGAACUUCACCAGGACUUGGUUUCCGCCCUAGCCCUCCAGUUGAAAAUGUGGAAAGUACUUUAAUUUGGUACAAGGGAACAGCCCUUAAACAGUACCAACACUGGACCAACAGUUUGGAGAAGUUCCUUGAAGUGUACAGGAAGCCAGGUUUGACCCCAGGUCGUGGUCAGAACAUCUAUAACUGUGAUUAUGACAGACCUCCAAAUGAAAAUCAAGUAUGUGAUGUGGAUGUUAAGGACUGGUUCCCUUGUACUCAAGAAAAUCACUUCAACUACCAUAAAUCUGCACCUUGCAUCUUCAUCAAACUGAAUAAGAUCUAUGAUUGGAGACCAGAGUUCUACAAUGACACAAAUGAUUUGCCACAUAAAAUGCCAAGAGAUCUCAAAGAACAUAUUAUUGCCCAAAAGAAUAUUAAUCCUCAGUUGCUGAACACAAUUUGGGUAAGUUGUGAAGGUGAAAGCCCAGCAGAUGUGGAAAAUAUUGGACCAAUUAAAUACAUCCCUAAGCGUGGAUUCCCUGGAUACUUCUAUCCUUACAAGAAUUCAGAAGGCUACCUCAGUCCUGUGAUGGCUAUUCACUUUGAGAGGCCACGAACUGGUAUCCUGAUCAACAUUGAAUGCAAGGCUUGGGCACGCAAUAUUAUCCACAAUCGCCAAGAAAGGGUUGGCAUGGUUCACUUUGAGUUGAUGAUUGAUUAAUAUAAGGUCACAUGCUUGUAAGGAACUGAGAAAUUUCCAGAACAAAAGAGGCCUUGAUGUUUGAGGUAGGAUAUGGGAGAUGGAUCAGCAAUUUGUUAUGGCUGUACUCUCUGCCUUUGUUUAUUUAAUAUUCAACAGGUAUAGGGAAGACAGCAAGUUUACUUCCAAAUCUGUUUUGCAGUCCAGUGUUUUCAUUCCAUUUUUAUUGUCCAUUUAUAUAUUAAAAUGGGUUACAAGAUGAGACAUAGGAAUGUACUUUUUUUUUAAGAUUCCAUUGAUGAUGAACUCUAAUCUUACCUGUUUGUUGUAUGUUUUUUAUACUCCUUUACAAGAUUGUAGUAGUUGAAAUGCAGGAAGUGUAAUUAUUUAAAGCUUGUUUAGGUCCUUAUAAAUUGAGUUUUGGUUGGGAACAGAGCAAGUAAAUAAUUUCCAGAAUAUUAUAGGAUGUUUAAAUAAUUAUGUGAAACUGGAAUGCUGAUAAAGAAGUCAGGCAUUUUUAUAGGCCUAGUCUUAAAAAGUAUUUUUAUCUUUUAUUUUUUAAUAUUUUUAGUGCUUCAUUCACUCAUCAUGUUUGGAUUGUUAUAAAACUGUUUUAAAUAAUUUGUUAUGAUUAGUUAGAUUUACAUUAUUAUUUUAUUUAAUACCUGCCAGGCUUAGCAAUUUUCAUAGAAAAUCGACAUAUACAGAUUUGUUUUAUUUAUAUUAACAGCCUUCCCCUCCACAAAUGUCCCUUCCAUUUUCUUUGUGUUAAAGUUUGCAGGUUACACAAUUACAUCAUUCUCUUCGUACAUAAUUUUAAUGAUAUAUUUUACUGGAAUGUUAUGCAAUAUACACAUAUAUUUUUUGCAUAUGAACAUGUGUAAUUUUCACAAAUUUGAUAUAAUGUGAACAUCAGUAAUAUAUGGAGAGUGAAGUAGAGCUCCAGUGGCAGGUAUUAAACAUUCAAACUUCAAUUGAUUUGAGUGAGUGACAGAAUUACUUUUUUACUGUAUACUAGUAGAUAUUAGAGAACUGUUGAUAUCUUAAUUGUAGUGGUCAGGUGUUGGCAACUAGCUCUUCAAAGUACUUCUGAAACAUAGUAUGAGGUACUGCCUUGUGAAGGAACUUGGACUUAAUAGUGCAUGACAGAGUGUACAAAACAAUACUGGGUACACAUGUGCAACAAGACACGCUGUAAGCUGUAUGUCUUGUGUUUUCUUGCAUUAAAACAUGAGUGUCCAAGGAUGUUAAGAGUGAGCUGAUUUCCACAGCCAGAAUCAUGAAUGUGGUAAGGAAAGCAGCUUUGAAGCUUUAAUCUUUGUGAUAGUGAGUGCUUUACUCCCUUUACUCAACACCUUGCAGUAUAUCAGUUGUCUGUGAAAGAUAUCAGGUGCCAUAAUGCCUUAGAACAAAUAUUUGCUGUAACUUUUUUGUAAAUUUAUGAAGAGGAGUGCCUGUAUGGCCAGAUUUCAGCUUGACAGAAGAUUGAACUUAUAUGCAGGAUACACACACACAAUUUUUAAUUAUGCCUUUCUGUAAGAUAAUGUUACAUUAAAGAUCUGUAAUUAAUAUAA